AUGAAGCCGGUGAGAGAGAGAAUUGGGGUGGGGGUUGAGAUUUGGGGGGCGGGCGGCUGCUUUGGCUGUGGGGGAAGGAAGCCUCGGGAUACCCUGACGGGGUUGCUUGUCGGCGCUUGGGCAGCAGGAGGUGGAGCGGAGGGAUAAAUGGCGAGGCGUCGCGGGAGCGGCUCGUUCAGGCGGGCUUGGCGGAGGGAGCGCGGCCGAGAACAGCCUCGUCGUUAACAGCGACGUUAACCCUCCUCUCCACCUCACAUGUUGUUGGACUACAACUCCCGUCGUCCCUGCCUGCUGGCUGACGCUGGCAGGGAAUGAUGGGAGUUGUAGUCCAGCACCCUAUCGGUGUGCAUAGUGGCUCCUCUGGGGUGCGCGUGUGAUUUGGAAACUGGAAUUUUCAGCGAUAGCAUUUAUUUCCCCCCCCCCCCCCAUUUUACAAAUCGUCUUGCAUAAUUUGGCUUUUUACUCUAGGUUUCCUUAGCCUUUAUUUCUAUAUUUCUCUUAAUUCAAAUCAAUCAAUUGCGUUCUUAAAAGUAGAUAUUGCGCCGUAAUCAAACUCGUUCCUAGUAGCGUGUCUUCCAUCUAUCCCAAUUCUUCUUUCCCGUGUGAUGUUAGCUUAAUAUUUCCAUCUCGAGCAUUUCGAAAACCUUCGCCGUCAUUUAUGCUGCUGCUUAAAUGUUAUAAGGCUUAAGUUAAAAAGGUCUUAGGAAUAUUAUGGAUAGAUGUGUAAGGUCAACUAACUCAGCACUUAUCGCCUCCAGAGAAAAAGCAAAAAACGGGUUCCAAGCUUCCGCAAGCUGUUGAAAACAAGUAAAAUAAAACUUGACAACAAGUUAAAAAACAAACAGUUCAAGCAGCAGAGUACUGCCAAGAAAUACCGAAAAGAACAAAGGAAGCUCAGACAAGCUGUCAAAGAUGCUGUAUCCAAGAAGCCAAUGCCUUUGGAGGAUAACAAGAAAAAACAUCCAGGUGAGACUGGUGUGUGUGUGUGUGGUGUGGUGUGGACAUAAUAGUAAUAGGCUUCCAUGGUAUUCAGAGGUUUUCACUACGGCACAGAAUAUGAGGUCCCCUUUUAGAUUGUGACCCUUUAUGUGAUUGAAGUGCUUUUAAUAUUGUAAAAUGUUAGACAUAUCUCAAAUCAGGCAGUUUGCAUGUGAGCAAUACAGGUUAUUGAAGUAAACCUUGGCAUUUAAUAGGCUGGAUGCAGCCUACAGCAGUUGCACCAUCUUUCGGUGUUCCCCACCCCACUAGAGCAUUUUCUCAUAAUGUUUUGAUUUUGAUAACUAAUUCUAGGGACUGAUUAUAUUUUUGAGCAGUGAUUCUCAAAAUGAAGCUCCCUUACCCAUAGAAUAAAUGUAAGUAACAGGGAUUCUGAUACAACAGGUCAUCCAUUGCAUCUGAAAAAAAUGGGUUUGAGUCCACGAAAGCUUGGGCCAUAAGAAGGCUGGAAUUCUAUACUAACUUACAUUGGGAGUCAAUCCAUUGGGACUUAAUUUUAAUACACAUGUAUAGGAUUGUGCUUUAAUGUAUAUAUUUUUAUUUAGUGCAUAAUUCUGUUUCUACCUGGACAGCUGGGUACGUCUUGGUAACCUACAAAUAGAGCAUGAUGGGAACCAGCUCUUCUCUGGGUUGUUGUUGUUUUUUGCCUCCAGUAUUUGGCAUUUCAAGGUAUUAUGACUAGUAGUCGUUUAAUUCUACCCAAAUUUCUAGCCCAUCCAAUUCAAAAGGCCUGUGGUAGAUAACAGCACUUAUGAGUAAUGUUUUGAAUUAUUCGUUUAAAAGUUGGGGUCAUCACAUUAGUGGUUAAAAGUGAGUAAAGAUAGUCUUCAUAUAGUUUUUUUCAAGGCAAUCCAUUUUUAGUGCAACAAAAUUUAGUGAGGAGAGAGACUCCAUCAGGCAAGGCCUCUUUCCACCUGCCUUGCCCCACCCCCUGGCCUUGGGAUUCUUCAUAAGGAAGCUGUGCUUGGAGGAAGAACAGUGGGGGAGAGACUUCAUCAGGCAAGGCCUCCUUCCACCUGCCUUACCCCACCCUCUAGUCUCUGCUUCUCAGUUUAUAUUGUAUUAUUUUAUGUACUGUGGCUUGCCAUUGUUUUAUUGACUAUAGUUUAUAAAUUAUUUAUUGUAACUGUUGAGUGGAUUUCUGUUUAACUUUUAUAUGUUGAUAUUAUUCUAAUAAUUGUUGAAUGUUACUUUUUGAUGUAGGUUGCUUAUUUUAAAGUUUUGUUGUAUUAUCACAUUUUUGCAUUGCAUUGCAUAUAAGUUGUAUAUUUUUUGUUUCUUCAGCUUGUAAACCACCUUGAGUAUUGUAAGAUAGAAAGACAGUAUACAAAUAAAAAAUGAUGGUGAUGAUAAUUGAGAGUUGCUCAGUUAAUUGUAUGAAAUCCGAUGUCUUUACUCAAGGUGUGCUUCUGUUUCAGUGACUGUACUUUUCCAGUAUUCAAACUGCAAAAUAUUGUUGCUUUGGGAAUAUGGAAAUGCUAUGUGGAGUGAGGUAGUAUUGCAGUGGAUAGUGUCCUUGAUGAUACAGAACUGAAAUGGCUAAGCCCACAUUGUCUUAGGAUUAAGUGAUCACUCAGGAGCUAAGCAAUGAUGUAAUGCCAAAUCUCAAAGCAAAGAUGUAAUGCCAAAUCAGUCUUUGGCAUUCUGUGAAUGAACAUUGAGAUCAUGCUCCUUCUUGAACAUGGCCAUUCCCUCCCAGGCUCCGGCCCAGGUUUGAGGCAAACCAUAGCUUGCAGUUUUGGCUGAACAGCUGAAGUAUAGUUUACCUGGAAGCCAUGAUUAGAAACCAACAUUUUACCAGGCACACAUGAGCUCUACAGAGAGCAAUAUACAGGUAGAAAAAUACAUUUGGAUUCUGCAUACAGGGUGAGUCCUUUAAUAGAGGCCCCGUGGAUACAGAGUACAGUACACAUGUUCCACAGGGCCUCUUUUAAAAGACUCACCCUGUACAAAGGUAACUGUUUACUCACAAGUGUUCUUUUAUAUUCUCAUCCCUCGUUAAACUAAUGUGCCGCAGUUGUGCCCCUCAUUCAAGAAAAAUCAAAGUAAAAGGUAUUUCCAUCUGCCUUUUGUAGUGUGUAUCUCUCUCAGUGCCUCUGAAGUUAUUCUGAUUUUAUUUGCCUUGGCAGAAAGGGAAGAAGAGGAGGAGGAAGCUCUUCCUCUUGAUAUGAUGGAUGAAGAUGAUAUGAAAUUAAUGGAGGAACUUGCUCAGAGGGCAUCUUUUAUUACACGAGAUCUUUCUUCCAAGUAGGUGUUUGCAAAGUAGGGAAUAGCGGACGUUGCAGCACUUCUGUUGUCUUAUUUGUUCGUUGAGAGUAUGUAGAAUCAGACCUUUAAUACAAAAGGCCUUAACAGAAUAGGCCUUUUUCCAGCAUGACUAAGUCUUUUCUGCUUGAGUGUUUUACUAUUCCAAGCAAUAUCCCCUUCUCUGUGUAAUAAGAAUAAGUUUUUUUUUAAAAAAAAAGAAAAGUCAGAAGUAUGUGCUCAAGUGUUGCAGAGAAUGAUUUCACAGAUUCCAUAUGGGUGGGAGGAAGGGACAAAGGCAGAAGUUUGAUGGUACAUUCACAGUAGCAUGGGUAGUUUGCAGAAGAAUUCCACUGCUCUUUAAAGUUCAGGGCACCUGUGACAUUCAUGGACUCACAAACCCCACAGUUAAGCACCUGCUGUAGUUAUACUUGCUGUGAAAAGAAUCUGCUUGGCAUUAGCUUGGGCUAGCUGUUUGUAGAAAAUGUAAUGUAAUGGAAGCACUUACUAAGGCAGAAGGGUCUGGAUAGUGACAAUUUCAUUUGUCCCCAUUGGUAAACCCCAUUUGGAAAAGCCUUCAAUGGCAGAUAGUUUGACCAGUUUAAUCUUUUUUAAAAGUCUAAUUAAAUGGCACCAUAGAGAAAAUUGUAUGUGUGUUUUCAGUGUAACCAUUCCUUUGCAGUUCUGUUUGUGAAAAUAGUAUUUUUAAAUGUAAGUUAUAAGUUAUCCAUAUGAGAGUCUGACAAGUCUUUCACUUUAUAGUGAACCUGUUCAUGCCAAGAAACGUAAGAAUGAGAGUGUGAUUGAGAAAUAUGAGAAGAAGCCAAGGCGCAUGCAGACUGAGCCUGAAAAAGAACUUAUUCAUCUGCUUCCCAUCAAAGACAAACGUGGAAUUAUUCCACAGACCAUGGAAAAGCCAGGUGAGGCACAAUCAAGAUUGCCAGGCGAGCUGUCAGUUUGAUUUAAGAACUGGAUCGUUCGCAAUGCUGAAUUUUUAAAGAGCUUGCUCUUUCUUGUAGUUAAAGAGGAAGAGGAAGAGGAGGAGAAGGAUGAAAUAGAAGAAAUGGAAGAGGCACAAGGUAUUUAAGACUUAUUAAAAAAAGAUUUUGUACAGAUUAAAUAUUAAUAGACAUUCAAAUGGUGUUACUGUUCUUGAAGCAUAUUAGUGUAAAUUACUUCAUUGGUUCAGAGAACAUUUUGUGGUUUGUCCUCAUUGCUGAGUUACUGGAUAGAUCAAGUAAAAUAAGUAUAAUACUGCCAAAGAAAUGAAUUGCUCUUAAAGUGUUUCCAGAUGUUGCAUUUACGAAGUCAACCUAAAUUGAAGAGAAACCUGACUAGGGUAGCUCACAAAGGAGAAUGGAAACCUAAACUAUUAUUUGAAAGUCUUGGCUGAAUACAAUUGAAUGCCACCCCCUGAAAAACCCAACCAACUCCUAAAAGGUCCGUUUACCUGAAUAAAGGUUUGACCAGGGGCUGAUGAGAAUGCCAACAGAAGUUUCUAGUCUCCAUUUCAAAUGUCCUUUCCAGCUCUGGUGUGGAGGCACACGUGUGCACACAUACGCUCUAAGACAGGCUUCCUCAACCUCGGCCCUCCAGAUGUUUUUGGCCUACAACUCCCGUGAUCCCUAGCUAGCAGGACCACUGGUCAGGGAUGAUGGGAAUUGUAAUCUCAAAACAUCUGGAGGGCCAAGGUUAGGGAAGCCUGCUCUAAGACAUGAACAGCAUUUUUCUUUAUCACCAGCUCUUGAUGAACCAUUACCUGUUCUCACUGCUGAAGAACUGCUAGUUCAUAGGAAAAAGAAGCUACAAGAGAAAAAGAUGCACAUAGCUGCCUUAGCAUCUGCCAUCUUGUCUGACCCAGAAAAUAAUGUAAGUAACAUUUCAGUUGAGUUGAAACCGGCCAUGCCAUAAAAAAAGUAAGAAAAUGAGUUUUACAUGCCAAAGAUUCAGAUGCAUCAUAUUUAGUGUGGAAAGAAAUGUUGGCUUUUAAUGGCUUGGCACAGUGAGGUCUCACGGGUUAUGUGCUGUUGUUCAUGCUCUCAUCUCACAGAUUUUGUGUGAUUGCCUUCUGGAUUGGAAGGGAUAGUUUCCUUUCCUUUAGGCUCCUUUUACAGUAUUUUUCUUGGAUGCUGUUGAAACAGUUUUAUGCAUGGAAUUAAAUGAAUACCAUUAACCUUGCUUUUAUUUUUUCCUCUCAAUGUUUUUGCCAUCCUUUUGAGAAGUUGUUCCCUAAAAGCAAUGUUCUGUAACUGCUUCACAGGCAGUGCUUCAAUUUAAGAAUUUGACUUGUCACAAAAAAGAAAAAAAAUAUCUCUGGGGGGGGGAGAUUAAAACUGCUUUCAUACCCUGACGUGAAACAGUUGGCAGUGUGAAACUGCAAACUGAAAGGCUUAGAGAGACAGGAAGAGCCCGUGGGUUCCAGGUAUUUUCCAUUUGAAAUGUAGCCGCUGUGAUUACUGCUUUUGUGAUUGCUGAUGAAAACAAACUGGUCCUUGCCAAUUGUGAGACUGUCUUUUAUUCUUUCCAGGGUACAUUGGGAAGUAGACUUGAUGUGAUCUGGCAGUUUUCAUAUUGUCUCAGAAGGUGUAGUUGUUUGGUUAAACUAAACCCCAGCGCACAAACUAAAACAAAAAUCAGUGGGGGCAUGACCUCAGUUUUUGGAAAACCUAGAACCUCCUCACUGAUACAAAUCCAUUAAAGCUUCAUUUGAAAAAUGGGUGACAUCACAGAAAUUGAUGGCAUAAAGAUAAAGUGUUACUAAAAUAUUUUGCACCAUAUGAAUAUCUAGAAUAUGUUGCAAUCUUGAAUUCUGUGUGCAUGUUCUCUGAAGAUGGCAGUAGUUGUUGCUCCUCACGUUACAAUGACAGUAUAUGCAUAAAUUUUGUCUGGUUUACCUGUAGUUGUCAAUUAUAUUUCAUGGUUAUGUCAUCCUUGCUUGAGCAGAUAAAGAAGCUGAAAGAGUUGCGUGCAAUGUUAAUGGAACAGGAUCCCAAUGUGGCCGUGAUUGUGCGAAAGCUGGUGAUGAUUUCUCUGAUGGAGCUUUUCAAAGACAUUACUCCAUCUUACAAAAUCAGACCUUUAACUGAGAAAGAGAAAAACACAAAGGUGAGGUUAUAAUAUGUUUCAGAGUAGCUUAAUGUCAAGUUGGGAGGGUAAGACAACUUGUUAUAUGUAUGGAGGAAGAAAUUAAGUAUUUUUAUCUAUGAAAUUAUUUCUUUCCUUAAAAAUAGCCCUCAAUUUUUAAGCUUAGUUGUUGAAAUGUUGGCAUUUGGGGUACCAAAAAUGAAGAGUACACCUUUCUCGCAAAACUGUUGGGUAACAAAUUUCCCCAAAUACUUCUUGAAAAGACUUCAAAAUACAUACUGCAGAGGGUGACAUCUUCUGAAACUUAAAAAAAAAUGUGUUGCAGUUGUCACACAGUAGAUUUAUGGCAAGAUAUUUUACAUUGUUUCUUUGUUUAUCCACAGGUUAGAAAAGAAACUCAGAAAUUAAGAGAAUUUGAAGAAGGCAUUGUCAGCCAGUACAAGUUUUAUUUAGAAAAUCUGGAGCAAUCUGUGAAAGGUACAGCAGGCAGGGUGGAUGGCUGAGGAUGGGGAUAUGCUCUUAAAUGUUGAGCGCUAAAAUUAUUUUGUUGUUGGAAAUAAGCAGCUAUUGGUAGUAUCCCUAACACAAAGCAUGGAGAAGAUCCCUGAUUUAAACCCUAGAAUCUCAACUCUUGAUCCUAAGUUGCAGGGCUAGGAAAGUAUUUUUCGUAGUAUUUUUUUUUUAAAAGGAUAUGGCAUUGUGUGUGUGUUUUCAUUUUAACCCCUAUGUGUCAUUGUGGCAGGAAAUAUGCAAGUAAUAUAUUUUUUCCCCCACCUGGAAAUAAUAGUAGUAAUUUCAGAAGCUGGGAUGGCAAAAUACUCAGGCUUUUAUGCAAUAUUUCACUUAGAUUGGAAGCAAAGGAAGCUGAAGAAAAGCAAUGUGAUUUCACUAAAAGCAUACAAAGGCCUUGCAGAGAUUGCUGUGAAGUGCUUGUGUGAGCUGUUGGUGGCCCUGCCUCACUUCAACUUCCACAAUAAUAUUAUUGUACUCAUCGUGCCACUCAUGAACGAUGCUUCAAAACAGGUAGGCAUACCUCAUAGUCAUGACAGCAGCAUUUACUAGUAUAUUGAAAUAUUGCAUGUCAUUUCAAAGUAAAUAUGAAUCACAUUCUGGAAGGGUAAAAAUCUUUGUUCAUGGCAUUUUACAUUUUUUCAUCCAGAAAGCAGUGCUGGUUGAAUAAACAUGAUAAUUGAAACUUCCAACUUUCCAGAUUUCUGAAAUGUGCUGUGGUGCAGUAAAGACCCUCUUCAAGCAGGAUAAACUUGGCUAUGCCUCACUUGGUGUGGUGAAGGUGAUUUCUGGCCUUGUGAAAAGCAGGAAUUAUGAUGUUAGACCUGAGGUAAGUUCCUUCCCUCCUCUCCAGUGUGGAGCAAUAGUUAAAAAUGGACUUUAAAUAUUUACUAUCCUUGUUGAAGUACUGUGGCAUAUCACAAACAAAAACCACACCAAUUGUCUCCCGAACGUUACUCUUGCCAUUCUUCAUGAGUUGUUGGCAAGGAUGGCAUUUAUGCACAUGUAUAUAAAAGAGAAAGCAAUGGUCUCAGGCAGUUUUAUGUUUUGUAAGAUCUGUGCUUUUAAUGAAUUUGAGAAAUAAAUGUUACUGGAUUAUCUUUAGGUGCUAAUGACACUAAUUCACCUAAGAAUUAAGGAAGUAGAAGUGAAAAAAGAUGCAGAAGACAUCACACCAAAGAAGAGGUUCAUGUCUUAUCAAGAGAAACGGAAAAAUCUGUCAAGGAUGCAAAGAAAGGUACUUCUUAUGCUGUAGUGUACACAUAUAAUUUGAAUUUCAUUAGAAAAUGGAACGGUUUCUGGCUUGUAUCCAAAUAACUAACCAGUGAGUUCCAUUGCCCAAGGAGAUUUUGAAACAACACUUCCUCAUGAUGUCCUCCUUUUGAAACCAUAUUAUGAUUUGGCGAGGAAGCAACUGCUGUUUGAGAGAAAGUGUAAAACAAUAAAUCUCAGCUGAGCUUGCUGAAAUUCUUGGGUGCCCCUAAAUUAGCUCUUGGGUUCAUGUCUCAGGACUUUCAUUUUGUGGCCAUGUGAACACUGCAAAACACAGUUCUGCAGAUUGUUUCUUACUGGUUAUGUAUGGGAAGAUUUUUUGUUAAAGUGAUCUCAUCCUGCUUUUGCUGCUGAGAGGCUUUUAGUACAGCUGAAAAUAGUCCCACCCCUGUUUCUCAUGUUGCUUUAAACAUCAUGGUCAGUUCACAUAUAAUCAGAAUCAUGGUUUAGGGCUACAUGGGCAAACCUCCAUGAGACAGAGCAAAGCAUUGGGCUCAUGCACUCACAUCACUUCUUCCCACAUAUCUGGGAUAAUGGUUUCGGUUGUGUUUUCGUCAGUCUCUACUUAGCAUUGUGUAUAAAUCAGAGGUUAGGUCAUAGCUGUCAACAUUUUCCUUUUUUAAAGGGAAAUUCCCUUAUUCCAAAUAGGAUUCCUCGCAAGAAAAGGGAAAAGUUGACAGCUAUGGGUUAGGUUCUAAACAAGCCAGCUUCUUUAGGAACUAACAAUGGUUUAGAAGUUUUUCAAACAUGGCCUGUGUUUCCAAUCCAAAUUUGCAGUUCUGGUUUGGAGAGCAAGCAUUUGAUGAAAAGCCAAUUAGGUUGCCUGUACCAGGAAGAAGUAACUAUCUGACCACUCAUAGUCCAUAAGAGGAGGAAGGAGCAUGUGGCAUGUUCCUGAUCAGAGACAUUACAUCUAAACUGACCCAACAACUGCAAAGUAAUUACCUUAAUGCUGCCAGAAUCUUGUGUUUUCUUACAAAAAACCUUGUACAUUUUCAGUGGAAGAAAGCAGAAGAGAAACUAGAAAGAGAACUCUUAGAAGCAGAAGCAUCAGAGAGCACAGAGAAAAAACUGAAACUGGUAAGUAUAUUUUCAUGAGUGUGGUGUACUGCUGAGUUUUGUAUUAUGCACAAGUAAAAUAAGACCAGAUAUUGCCAAUUGUAAUAUUUGUUUCAAAUUCUUGCUUUGGUUCUGUAGUUCCUUAGAAAUGAGUUUCUAGUCAUAAAAUGUGGGUGGGCUGUAUGCACAGUAAACACAAAGACUGAUACUAUAAGCACGGAUUUAUCCCUCAUUGUGGUUAAUUUUUAUUAUUAGUAGUUGUUUUUGCUCAGCACAAUAGUUGAGGGACUAUAAAUAGUGCAAUAACAGACUAGGGGGUCUGUUUUUUCCUUGCAAUUCAAUAAUUACUGGUUUAGGGCAUUAUGUAUUACAAUAGUGGUGUCUAUCCAUAGCUAUCCCUGCUAUGAUUCCUAAUGAUGUAAACCAGUAAUUAGGAACUGAUCUUGUUAGCAGUUAAGUAAUCCUAGAAAAUUUUAAGUGGUUUUUGAUUAAUGGCUUUCAAAUCCAGACAAGUGUGAACAGAACUUAAAUACGGUGAACUCGGAAUGUUCCAUAUGUGUUCAUUUGUGGGUGUCUUUUCUCUACAGCACACAGAAACCUUGAAUAUUGUAUUUUUAACUUACUUCCGAAUACUGAAAAAAGCACAGAAGUCUCCCCUUUUGCCUGCUGUGUUGGAAGGCCUUGCAAAGUAAGAAUUUCAAAGAAAUUUUUGAGUGACCAUUCUUUAUAAAAGUUCCUAACAAGGCACAUUAUAUCAACAUAAAAACUUUCAUUGAAAAGUGUGAAAAUAAUGGCCUGUAUUUUAGUAGGUUUUACUGAAGUAGGCUCAUUGCAAUUAAUGGAGCUAAAUUGAUCAUGUCCACUAAUUUCAGUGGGCCUGGGUAGAACUUAGUUAAAGCAACCCAGUGCUUAAAUUUGUUUAAACACUUCACUUAAAAUUACUCAGAAAAAUUAAAUAAAAAUCAGGGUAGAAGAAAAUAGGAAGAAUAAAAGCAAUUGAAAUUUAAUGCAGUUCUAGAAUAACAUUGCUAAAAAGUUUGGUAUGUAUUUCAUCUGUUUCAUGUGUUGCUUGUAUAGCAUCCUGUUUUGUUUUCAAAAUGAUAGCUGGCAGAUGGAGGAAUGCUGUUCUUUUUUUGGAUUACAAGUAGUAUGUGAUUAAUGAUCAUACUGCAAAAGAGAAGACUACUUAAGAAUGUUGCUUAAGAUAGUUGCACUAUAAAACAAACUAUAAUUGCAAUGGCAUGCUUUGAGUUUGACAGAUAAAUCUUCUGUAAAUUCACAAAUCUAACUCCUUGAUUUUAGGUUCGCCCACCUCAUAAAUUUGGAAUUUUUUGAUGACCUUUUGCUUGUUCUACAUUCUCUUAUGGUCUCAGGGGUAAGUUUAUCCUUUGUCUAAAGAGAUAUAAGACUUUUGGUCUAUAUCUUUCUGAUGCAUUUCCUUUAUUUUCAGGUGUUAAGCCACAGAGAGAGUCUGCACUGUAUUCUUUCUGCUUUCCAAAUUUUGUCUGGUCAAGGUACAGUUUAAUUUUCAUAUUGCAUUUCUUUUGUGAUUAGCCUGAAUGGGACCAUUGCUAGGUUUGUCUGAUGGGCUUGAGUGGUCAAAGAUUUAACAAAAAGUUCCAUCCAGGGGAAUGUGAUAGACUUUGAGGAAGGACUGGAGAGACAGUGAGAAGACACUUUUUGUUUUGGCUCUGAACCAGGAUCAAUGUUAACUGUUUGUUUUAAGGAAAAUGAAUUAUUCCAAUUGAGACUGUAUAUUUGUAACUAAAGCAAUAUAUUGCACAGGUUCAACCAGUCUCCAGCAUGCACUUAGCUCCAGAGGAAACUAAACCCCAGAGCAGUGUUUUUCAAACUUGGGUCUCCAGCUGUUGUUGGACUACAGUGGUGCCUCGCAAGAUGAAAUUAAUCCAUUCCGCGAGUCUCUUUGUCUUGCGGUUUUUUCGUCUUGCGAAGCACGGCUAUUAGCGGCUUAGCGGCUAUUAACGGCUUAGCGGCUUUAAGAAAAAGGAAACAAACUCGCAAGAACUCGCAAGACGUUUCGUCUUGCGAAGCAAGCCCAUAGGGAAAUUUGUCUUGCGGAACGACUCAAAAAAUGGAAAACUCUUUCGUCUUGCGCGUUUUUCGUCUUGCGAGGCAUUCGUCUUGCGAGGCACCACUGUACAUCUCCCAUCAACCCUAACUAGCAGGACCAGUGAUCAGGGAUGAUGGGAGUUAUAGUCCAACAACAGCGGGAGACCCAAGUUUGAAAAACUGCUCUGAAGUAUUCCCUUUGAACGUCUCACCAUUUGAGGAAGUAAGUUGUUUUAUGGUUACAGCAACAAACCUACUUAACUGGAAUUAUUUUGGAUAGGUGAUGUCCUUAACAUUGACCCUUUGAAGUUCUACACACACCUUUACAAGAUACUACUUAAACUUCAUGCAGGUAACUCCUUAUUUCAAUGUGUUGAAUAUUGUUGGUAUUUUCUUAAGUGAGAAUUGAGAAUUUCUUUCAUGGGUUUUGGAUAUUUGAAGUGGCGCAGCUUGUUUAAUAACACAGGCUACGGUGGUCUGAUAACAAAGCAAGUACUGUCUUUUAUAUACUUCUGUGGUAGGUGGAGUGAAAUUGUAUGUCUUCGUAUUUUCUCUACAGAAAUAACCCAUCAGUGGGUUUCAGCGGUGUUCAGUAGAGUUUCUUUCUUUGCUAAAUAGCUGGUGUGAUUCUUAAUUGGUGAAUCUUUCUUAAAUAAAUUAAAAAUAGAAUCGGGAAAUAGCGGGUGCCUUCAAUCUUUCUGGUGUUCUUUUGGAUAUAUGUUCUUGCAUUCAAAUGGGUUUUGAACCACACAUGUUGUUUUAAGGUGCUACAAAUGAAGAUGUGGCGAUAGUGCUUCAGUGCCUGGAUGUGAUGCUCACCAAGCGUAGGAAGCAGGUGUCCCAGCAGAGAGCUCUUGCUUUCAUAAAGCGCCUCUCCACAGUAGCCCUCCAUCUCCUUCCAGACUCCUGCAUUGGUAUCUUGGCAACCAACAGAACAUUAAUGCAUGUAAGUUCUUAAAAACAUAGCUAAGGAGGCCCUUCAGCUAUAGUCCUCUUGGGAUCUAAAACUGUUGGAUGUUUCAAACUCAUUCUGUUGAAACUCCUACAUCGUAUUUAGAACAUGUCAUACCUUCACAAAUCUACACACACAUUUGUGCAGACACACACCAGCGUAGAGCGUUCCAUUUAACUUUUAGCUGUGCCAAGCCAAGUUUUCAUUCUUGUCAGAAGAGAUGGAGUCAUUCCAGCAUUCUCCUAGGGCUGCCAUAUGUCUGGAUUUUCCCGGACAUCACUGGAAUUUCAAAGGCGGAAUUAACAUCGGGGGGGGGGGUCUGAAAGGCGGUGUUUUUGUAAAAAAAAAAAAAGCCCAACAACUUUUGGGUUUUCCAAAAAAACAAAACAAAACACCACCAAUCUCAACAAUUUCAGUGGUUUCCUUAAAAAAACCUCAACAAUGUUGUGGUCUUCCUGGUUUUUACUUUUUGAAAUAUGGCAACCCUAAUUCUCCAGCUUUCCUGCCUUGUUGUUUCUUCAGUUAUUCUUUCUGCUAUGGGCAUCAAAAUCUUAGCUCUUUCAUUGCAUUGGAUUUAGUUUUUAGAGGGGAAAUACCCGCUGGGCCCAAGCUGUCACUCAGAGAAUCAGGGUCACCUUUUCACUGGAGUUGGCCUAUAACAGUCUGAGGGGUGUCUGUUAUAGAUACUUUGUAUAAAGGAUAGCUCCAGGAGCUGUAGGCUUGAUGACUGGCUGGUUCAGUAUGCUGAUGGCAGUAUUUCAAGAACUUGGGUGGUGAGGCUGAUUAUUGCUUUUCCACUAAGAUGCAGUUAUUUUAAUUGCUGCAGUUUGAAAAUGGUGUUUGGAUUCUGAUCUUAAAAUGACAUAGUUUGGUUGUUAAUUGGAAUUUCUUACAUAUUGCACUAAAUCAUGAUUUACCCCCAUGUGGCUGAGCAAGAAUGAAGCAUUGGGCUUGUACCCCUUCCCUAGCUCUCAAAGAAUCUUGACUUUGCAUUUCAUACAACCUUGGUUUAAAACAAACAGUGGCUAGUUUUCUUAAGAAGCCAAAUUCAAACAAUGGGCUAUUUGAAACCGGCUUUUUUAAACUAACCAUUGCUUUAAACCAGGGUCUCUAGCACAUAUGUAAUACUUGUUUGAAACUGAUACUCAGUUUGGCAGAAGUCCUGCUCCCAGUUGCAUUUGAUUCGACUGGUGGAGUCUCGUCCAUUUAAUGCUAAACUGUGGUUUUAGCAUUAGGUGAGAAGGCAGCAAUUGUAUUUGACUUUUAUAGGUUUUUCUUCUUCUUGCGGCCUACCCUGAGGUAGGCUGCAAAUAAAAUGCCCCUUCCAACACAAUGAACAAAAUGGUCCACAUGUGAAAUAUUCUUAACAUGUUUUGAAAAUUAUUACAGCAGACGUGAGUUCUCCAGAGUUGGUUCAUUUUGUUUUACAUGAAAGCAGAGACUUUUAACAUGAUCCAUCAGGCCAUAUGCAUAUUCAGAGAUCUUAAGUUUCUUACAUCGGUAGUUAUCUUUUUGGGGAGAUGCAAUUUUGUUUUCUGAGGCAAACAUGGUAACAACUUUGUAAUUAUUCUUUUAUUUCACGUGGGACUCUUCUUUUUUCUUUUUCUUUUUCUUGGAUGGUAUUCAAGACUUUCCCAAAGACAGACCUUCUCCUAGACAAUGAAUCUCAAGGGAGUGGACUUUACCUUCCUGAGCUGGAUGAACCAGAGUACUGUAAUGCUCAGAACACAGCACUGUGGGAACUGCAUACUCUGCGGGUGAGUGUCACGGAAGCUAAUGUCUUGUUGCCUUAUUCUACACUAGUAACCUAGGAAGCUCUUUCUCUGUUCAGAAUACAUUUUUUUAAAGUCAGAAUUUGCAGGAAUGAAUGUUCUUGAGUAUUCUAAUUCUGUUUACAGCAUCUUUAUAUUGCAAUUAAUCAGUUUUCUUCAGUGGCGAAUAUGAUUUUGAACUUCAGUAAGCCUUUUCACUCUUUUAAUUAGGCUGUUUAGCUCCAUCAUUCUGCUUUGCACUUUUCUUCUUCCUACCUCAUCUUAUUUACUGAAAAAGUAAUGAGCAGUGGUGCAUGCGAACCACCCAGCAUCUUCCCAUCUUUUCCACUUAAUUGAUCCCCACUGCUAGAUGCUUUAACUCUCUUCUUGGAAAAGGCUUAAGAUUACCCCGUCAUAAUUGUCUUGCAUCUCAUGGGAUGUUUAACCAAUCGAGCUUUUGUUCCUAAAGCUGAGAGAAUACAAUUUUGAUGAUAACCUUUUGUUCAAAUAGUCAAAUGCACAACAUUAAUAUAGAAAAGUUUACAUUCCCAAUUUCUCAUUAAUGCUCUCUCCCUAACCCCCAGAGACAUUAUCACCCAGUCGUUCAGAAAUUUGCAGCUCACCUUGUGGCUGGUGCCCCAGCAGAAGGAUCAGAAUCUCUUGGGCAUGAAUUUAGUCGGAGGUGAGAGAAAGGUGUUUGCUUUGAAAAAAAGUGUGCAUAGAUUCAAAAGAACAAUUUAGGAGCCAGGCUUUCAGUGUGCUGGUACAUCUUCCUUAGAGCUCCCUCUCGUAAUGUGUCACACAGCCCCUGUCUAUUAUCUUUUCGGUGCCUGCUGAAGACCUUCCUUUUCCCACAAAGCUUCUGAGUGAAGAAUUUUGUAUUGCUCUGUAUCUGCAUAAAACUUGAAAUUGUUUUUAUCGUUAUAUUGCUUUGGAAUGCUUCACAGGAAGCAAUUCAUAAAUUAUAUGAAUGAAGUUUAGCGGAGAAAACCCUGCAGUCUUUUCUGGUAUAGAACCAGAGACUCAGCAGCUUACGUAUGUAUACAGAGGUGGGGGAAGUUUUUGACCUGGUGGGCCAGAUCUUUAUCUCCACCUCACACCCUGUGGGCCAACUUUGACAGGGGGAAGCGCCAGCUACUCAUCAGUUGUCUGAGGUCAUGAUGAUGAGGUCAUGGCUGAUAGGUCUUGCUGUUGAGCUUGUUGAGCUGUGGGGUGAGCAUGCAGCAGGAUUGAAAUCUUCACUCCUCAGCUGAAGAGUGGAAGCUGCAGUCCUUCUCCCUGGAGGGAUCUGCUUUUCCCCCUGACAAGGAUGGGACAAAAUCUAUUACCUUUUUCUCUCUGUGCCCAGUCAGAUGCUCAUGGGGUGUGCACAGUAGCUCUUACCCCAGCAACUGGUAUUCAGUGGCCAGUUGCCCCUGAACCUGGAAGCAGUACUUAGCUACCAUGGCUAAUUGUCACGGUAGAUGGAUCCAGUUACCGAGUUCUUUUUCUGAGUGGAAAGUACAUUACUACUGUUUAAUAUUAGCUUGAAUGUGAAAUAAAGGAGCAGAUUUUUUUUAAAAUGUAGCUGUGUAAUGUUCACUGUCAAGCGUUUUAUACAAUAAUCCUGGAUUCCAGUAUCAGUGAUGGGAAAGGAGGGAAAUGUCUGCAUGCAGAAGAAGACUUCAGUCUUGCUCCAUUAUUCUGUUCAGUGUUUUGUGUGUGUGUGUGUGUGUGUUCAUUUCUUUGUUUGCCUCAAUUUUUGACAUAUUUUAAAGGUGCUUUGCAGGGCUGUUCAACUCUCCAACACAAAUACUAACAUUUAGGGUCUUUGGUUUUUCCCCAGUCUUGCUUUAAGACACAAUAUUUUUUUUGCAAAUAAUAUAUUAAAAUGAAACCUGUAUCCAUCAUAGGUUGCCUACAGAACUUUUUGAGGCCUACAGUAUGAAAGGAAUGACUUUUAAUCCUCGUGUUGCGUCAGUGGCACCCAGGAAAAAGGUACCGCCUUGCACCAUUCUCUUCUUAAAUCACACACGAUGAUUGAUAAUGCAACGUUUUGAUUUUACUUCAUAAAACUGUAACACUUGUUCAUUUCAGGGUAAAUUUUCACAGGAGGCAUCAUUUCUGAAUGAAGACUUGAAUGAAUUGUUUAAGGUUUAUUUUGGAAGGCCAGUUCCACAAGGAGCCCUCGAUUUCACGAAACACUUAAAGGGAUUGCCAGUUUCCUAAGUAUAUCACAAACCAUUGCAAUCUAUUUAAAGGAACUAAAUACAUGAAAGAAAUACUCACCUGGUCUACAAAUAAUUUAAAUAAAGUGGGCCUUUUUAUUAUGGAUGCUGGAUUUCCAGGAAUGAAGAAGCAAUUAAUGAACAGCCUGUACUUUGGAAUUCUAGGACCCCUGAUUCCAUAUUUAUUGCUGUAGUUAUUAUGGUUUGUAAGCUUUGAGUUUAUGUAUAAUAUUGUACAAUAUUUUCAUUGGAAAUGGAUGAUUUUUCUAAAAUGACAUGAAUUUGAAUUGAUUCUACAAAACUAUUUUAAUUGUAUCAAUAUAUAAACCUUUUUUUAAAAGAAAAAAAGAUUUCAGGCCAAUCGUUCUGUUGUUAUCUCACCUACCUAUGAUAUAAACUAUAAGCAGGUGUUGAAAAACAGUGGUGCGUGGAUAUCCACUCCCACAGAGCACAAUCCCACCAUUUUAUGUUUAUUUUUUAAUUUAAUGUCUCUAUUAAAUGGGCUAUGAGAAAGUGACUGCAAUUAACAUUUAGCCCCUCUCCCCCUACAUUGAGAUUCCCCACUCCACAAUAGUUUGUACGGUUAUAAGGUUACUCUUCCUGUAUUGGGCCUGGUAUCACAAAAGCAAAUGGGGAUUCAUCAUAGCAUCUACCAAAAAUUUCUGUGCAUGGCCUAAGUGCCCAACCAGACAUUAUAAACAACUGCCCUGAUGCUUUUUUUCUUUUUAAAUGACAUGUGGGCUAAAUGUUAAGUGGGGAAGUCGUGGGACAAGGAAGGCUGCUUAACUCUUUUCCGUCAGCUAUUUUCCUGCUUCAAAUCUCCCUCCCUACUCCUGCUGAUGGAAAAAAACCCAACUUUUUAGCAGGGAAACAUUUUCUGUAAUAUUGCCAUUUCUUCCUUUAAAUUUUGUGUCCCGAGGCUUCUUCCCACUGAAAAAUAAAAAUUGCACCCAGCUAGGUGUAAUGUGUAGUUUUGCCCUAAAUUGUAGACCAAGUUAGUAUUUUCCUGCUGCAGUGUGAACGCAGUGCAUCUAUUUCAAGCAUCAAAAGGAGUAGUGAAAGAUGGAUAAGGUACGUAAGCAUUUUGUUCUGCACAUCCUCUUUCUCUCUUCCUACUAAUGGGUUGGUAUUGCCUUAUGAACUAAUCUUCAUUUUCUUUCUAGUUGUUGACCUGCAUAAGAGCAAUGAGCAAGUAAGCAUUCUGCCCUCCUUAUUUGCUAGUGGUGAAAUGUGCAGAUAACUGGAAAUAUUUUGCUAUUCAGUACAAAUGUUUUAUGGUUGCACUGUAUUGUAGCUGAAAGAAGUUUGACAACUUUUGGCUCUUCAUUUGUUAUAUUGGUGAUCUAGGUCUCAAUUUGAGUGUCAGCCUGCAAUCCUAGACUACACACUUACCUGAGAGCAGGCUCUAUUGAACUUUCUGGGGCUUACAUCCAAGUAGACAUAGUGCAGUCUCAUCAUUUGGGAAAUGCAGGUAGGUCACCUCUGUUUCAUCCACACUCCCUUCAGUACAGCAGAUCAGGGGUUUAGAUUGCUCUGCUUGAAUGUAACUAUUGAAGUCCAUGUUUACUAAUUUAUUGAGACACCUUGUUUAGAUGGCAGUACUCUUGUGAUAGUAAUUCACUGUUGCUGGAGGUAGGAAUACUGACAACAACUGCUCCGUAUUGGUCACACCCCCAAAAAUUGCCACUGUACCACAGACAAGUGGAAGGUGAUGGUGGGGAACAAAAAUAUGAUGUACAUGUAAUUCUUGGGUUUUUUUCUAAACACCUGGGAGCAGAUUUUUACAUUGGUGGCUGUACUGCUAUCCAAGCAUUUCUAGAUGGGAUUUGUGGCUCUAGUUUCCAUCAUGUUCCUAAUAGAAGCACAAUGUGUGCAAAAGUAAAUAAAAAGUAAAAGCAACACCUUUUGAAAUUCUCUAGGUAGCCAGAGACCCUUCUUAGUCAUCCAUAAGGAGUUCUAUGAUUAAAUUUGAUUUAUUCCACCACUUCCUUUCUAAAGGACCUUAUAUAACAUGUAGCUUCAAAUUGAAAUGUAUGGUACUUACUGUUAAACAUCUCACAUUGACUGUUUAGGUCUGUCUGCUGUUUUCAGAGGCAUAGUUUUUCUGGCAAGCUGUGGCUUUAGAGCUUGUCUAAAUGCUAUGAACUCAAGUUGGUGUGUAGAAGUCAUAUGAUAGCACUGUGUUCCAUUUACUGAGGCUUUUUAAAAAAAAUUGUCUUUAUUGAAGGAUUUUCAUAGACAACAAGGGUACAUACGGUUCUGUUCUCAGUUCCUAAGAGUCCUUUAUAUAGGUCAGUUACAUUCAGUGUAAGACACUAUUGUAAUACAUAUUGUGAGGUUGCGGGGGGGAGGGGGGGAGAAUGAAUUGGAGGGAGGGAGAGAGGAGGGGGGAAUGAUCUCGUUCUUUUGCUUAGUGUGUUUUGGCAGUGUGAGAGGUUGCAGAGCCCAGAGCAUGGUUGGUUGCAUUCAGUUGAUUGCAGUGAGUUUUGCUUGUGUGUGUGAGGUUGUAAGGGGUUGUUCAGUGAAGUUAGCCAUAUUAAUUUGUAUGCUAUUGGGGGGUUUAUGUUGUCUUGCUGGGCUGUAUAUGUAAUAAAAGGGGGCCAUACCGAGGUGAAAGCAUCUUCUUUUGUUUGUCCCCGUGUUAGUGUCAGUUUGUUGAUUGGGAAACUGCCCUACUAGAAAAGCUAAACAGUUUGGUUCCAGUGGUCCAUGUUCACUCCUGACAGAUCCCACCAGUGUCUAGUUAUGACACUCCUAGCUGCUGAGAGUAAGUGGCUUAUGAGUUCUUCGUAAUGUGAGUGUGCAUUGUUGCCUUGGAAGAAGUUUAAUAGGGCCAGUUCUAGAGUUGCUUCUAGUACCGGUUUUGUUAUUUUCCAGGUUUCUUGUGGGACUUGAUGUCCAAAAGGUUUGGAUUUGGGGGCAUUCCCAUCACACAUGGAGGUAUUUGCCUGUAGUGAUACAAUCUCUCCAGCAUUUAUUUGAGGUUCCUUGGCGUAUCAGCACCAGCUUCCGAGGUGUUAGGUACCAUUUAUAAAGAGUGGUUUAGACCAUUGGGUAGGAUUUUGCAACCUAUACCAUGUUCCCAUUAGUCUUUGAUUUUGGUGAGGGAUUUUGUCGGGUCUUGGAAUAGUAUUUUGUAUAUUGUGUAUACCAUCACCUUGCUGUGUCCCUCUCUUGCCAACAGAAGUUUCUCAAAGGUGGUCAGAGGCCUAGUGGCUGCUGCUUUGAUUACUGGGUUAUUGAAGACGAUGUGUUGUUGGUGAUGAGUCAGCCAGAGUAUUUGGGUGUCCCCUAGUUUUAUCUUAUACUUCUUGUGUUGGUAUGGGUUUGCCAUUGUUGUGGCAGUAUAAGCCUUUGGCUUGCCAAGUUUCUGUUCGGGAGCUUUGGGCUGCGUGGUGGGUCAGGAGAAUUAGUGGGGAUGGGGUUUGGACUGUUCACCUGCUUUUUCCUUCUGUGCUUCAAGUGUGAACCUGCUUAGCAUUGUGGGAAUUUUCUUUAGUUUUUUUCGACAGAAUGGGCACACUGUGGUGGGGGUGUUUCUGAUUGUGUCUAUUGCCAUGUGCAGCCAUUGUUUCAUUUUGUCCUCUAGGAUGUAGGGGGUUAUGUGGUGCACUUGGUUGGUGAUGUAGUAGAGUUCUAUAUUAGGAAUUUCCCAGCCUCCUGGGGGGGGGGGAGGUGUAGGAACUUGGAGCUUACUCCUGGCUUUUUCUGUGAGAAGGUAAAUGAGUGUUACUGUGGCAUUUUUAAAGUGUGGUAAUCAAAACAUCAUCGUUUUCUUGGCUAAGAGAUGGAUGACCUGCUUACAGCAGGGAUGGGAGACAAAUGUUACCUGUCCAGGCCUCUUUGCCUGCCUGGAGGGAGGAUAGAGAUGGCUGGGUUAAGAAACUUGCUCACUGUAGAAACACAGAAGUCACAUUAGUUGUUCUGCCCACCCCUGGCAUGUGGGGACCGAUCAACAAAAUUGCAAUCUAGAGUCCUGCCACUGGAGGGCACUAUGUACAUACAGCUGUGUUGUUGUUUUUUGCUGUGCCAGUAAGGCAUUUAUUUUCUGUUUAUAACAAAUGAUUCCUCUACCAAGCCCUAUGACUAAACAUAAACAAACAAUAGUCUUUUCUGGAUUUAAGUCCUGACCUUCCUUCCCCCUUAGCUAAUUUUUUAAAACUUUUGGAGUUAAAUUGGCUUUCCUUAAUGUUAGGUUCCUACUGGCUGCUUCUUUGAGGUGAAGGGGCCUUGUGGGGAUUAGAGGUGAAUGGCUACAUUUUGCAAGCCAUGAGUAUUAAGCUUUGUAGAACAUCCAAUCUGAUUAUGACUUUGCAUUCCAUUCAGGUUCAAAUUGUUUUUCAGCAUUUUGCUUUGAACUUCAGUUAACUGAACAGGCUCUUUUCUUGAUUUACUCUCACAAUAUGAUCCUGGUGAACAGCAGGUGUGUUGAUGUAGGUUCCACAAAGCCCGUUUUUGAACAGUUUAAAAUUUGUACUAUCAUUAUCAAAAGACAGUCAAAACCAGUUACUAUUUCAGUUCUUGCAUGCUUUAUAUGGGUAGUAUUAAAUUGCUUUAAUUGUAUUAUUAACAAAAGGAAGGGAAGUUACAGCCGGUGCUAACGGCCUUAUAAAAACAACAAAAGCCCACCAUGGUUUUGCAAACAUAUACAAAUCUUUACAAAUACUUUUAUGUAAACAGAAAUUGCAAGGUUUAUACUGAAAAUGAACAUACUAGUAUGCUUUUAGGUUUAAAUUUCUUAAAUAAGGCUGCCAGCUAUGGUAAGAGUGAAUAUAUAUUUGACUUUAACAAUUCAGAUAGAAAAAACUUCAAGCUGUUAAUUUCUCUCAAAACACCUUUAUAAUAGUGAAUUGAUAGUGAACAUACAGAUUAUGUUUCCUGAAUGUACUUCUCAUUAUAAUGCUUAUCUUCUCUAAACAGAGAUACAUAUAAUUUUCUGUAAAGCAAGGCAUGAUAAAUACAUUAUACAGUGGCACAUACCUUAGAAUAUUAAAAUAAAUAAUCAUUUUUAAAAAAACAAAAACAGGAAUAAAUUGCAUGAAGAAAUGUUGCUCCUCAUCAGUAUCGCUAUUAAAAUAGGUAUACUUACAGCUGUACACUGACAAAUCAUAACUUUUAUAUUCACCAUACUGAAAUCUAUGAAUUACAAUGUACUUUUUAUCUGCCUACAACCACCUAAAAGUGUGUUUAGAAGCCGCUUUUAAAAAGUGCAUUAUUGUUUUGUAACACACUACAGAACAUCCUCAACUUUCAUUUUCCCUUAAGAUGCCUAAUUAAAUUAUUUUUUUCUAAAAAGGCAGAUUUCUGAUUGCAAUGGACAAAUAUAAGGUGCUUACUUUCCCUCUUGUCCAAAGGUAG